GAAAUCCCUAAAAUUACAGGGGGCCAAAAGAGCCAGAAAACCAGUGGGACUAUUCGGAGAGGUUUGCCCCGGAAACAGCACUCACACAGCGGGCUUUCUGCAGGAGGAUCGGUCGGUGCAUGUAUCUCUGAGUCUGUGUGAGUGUGUGUGUGUAUGUGUGUGUGUGUUUACAAGUGUUUGAACCAGUGCCACAAACGAGGGAAGGAUAAAUUCGAGGAAGGAAGGAGGGAUGGUGGACAACUCGAGCAGCAGUAAGGCACAGAUGCCCAGCAUGUCUCAGGACGCCUCAGGAGGAGUGGGCUUCCCUCAGAGCGGCUCCUCGGGGGGCAUGAAGCUGGAGGCCGUGAUGGAGCAGCUCCAACGCCAACAACACGCCCGUCUAGAGAUGGAGAGGAAGGAGAGGAAACUUCGUGAAGCUCACAUCAUGUACGCUCAACAAGUGGCCGCUCAGCAGGCGAUCCUCACGGCAGCAAGAGCAUCUGGAGCGGCCAGUUUCAUGGGAAAAGCCCUCGGUGUUCCCGGGGUAAUGUUGCCUCCGAGAGUGUCCAAUCAGAGCAGCGUCGACUCGGAAAGAGAGGAUGAUGAAGAUCGAGGAGGGGAGGAGGAUGAGGAUGAUGAUAAUGAGAUGAUGGAGGGAGAUGAAGGCAGUGAGGAAGAGGAAGGGAGUGCGAGUGGUUUGGAGUUUCUCAGAAAGCAGACCCUCGCUCUGCAGCAAAACGCCUCCAGAAUCCCUCCUCGUCCGUUUGGUAGUUAUUCGGCGUCCGCCCCUCAGAGAUCUGCCUCUCCACCAAUCAGAGUGAAGCAGGAACCAGAUGAGGGUCUUUCUCCGGCGGGACCCCAAUCUGCAACUUCCCCCAACGGACAGGCCGACUGGGGCUUCGACGAUCAAUUCAGACAG